AGUGUUAUUAGGUCUGCACGAUGUGGUGGAUCCUAGCGGCUGUAUCAGCCGUUACUUUGUGCUACUGGUUACUCAAACGCCCCCACAAGUAUUGGAUAGAAAAGGGGGUCAAACAAGGAAGUCCUAAAUUUAUUUUCGGGGAUGGUUAUGAACAGAUGAUGCAAAGACAGUCAUUUCCGGAAUUGGUUGAGAUGGUUUACAACAUGUGUCCAAACACCAGGUACUCAGGGGUCUACCAGCUUUUUCGACCAACGCUGAUUUUGAAAGAUCCUGACCUUAUUAAACAGAUUACCGUCAAGGACUUCGACCAUUUUGUCGACCAUUUACGUUUUGUUUCAGAAGAUAGUGACCCGCUGUGGAGUAAUAAUCUAUUCGCUCUGAGUGGCAAGAGAUGGCGCGAAAUACGUGCUACACUUAGCCCUGCUUUCACCAGCAGCAAAAUGAAAUUUAUAUUCUCCUUAAUCUCGCAAAGCGGCGAACAAUUCGUGAAUUACUUUUUGGAAAAAAACGAAGAUGUCAUUACCGUUGAAAUGAAAGAUAUUUUCACAAGAUUCGCUAACGACGUCAUCGCCAACACUGCCUUUGGUGUUCAAUGUGACUCUUUGAUUGACCGCGAAAACGAGUUUUUCUUAAUGGGAAAAGAAGCCACGGAUUUUAGAAGUUUCUGGAAAAAUAUAAAAUUCUUUGUAUACUUUAUAGCACCUAAAUUGUCUGAAUUAUUCCAAGUGAGGUUUUUUUCCAAAGAGGUCAGCGACUUUUUCACCAGUUUAGUUAAAACUAAUAUCCAAAGUCGCGAAAAGCACGGAAUCGUAAGACCUGACAUGAUCCAUCUUCUCCUUGAGGCUCGAAAAAAGGGGCUCAAACAUGACGAGUCUCCUUCGAUCCAAGAUACAGGUUUUGCCACAGUCGAAGAACAUGACUUUACCAAAAAUGCCAAGAAAAUCGAGCGUGAAAUUACAGACCAAGACAUCGCCUCGCAAGCGUUGGUGUUCUUCUUCGCGGGUUUUGACACAGUUUCGUCUUUAAUGAGCCUCAUGUCGUACGAGCUUGCUGUAAAUCCAGACGUCCAAGAGAAACUCGUGAAAGAAGUCGACAAUACUUUUGACAGCUGUCGUGGUAAAAUUACCUAUGAAAGUCUUCUUGGAAUGAAAUACAUGGACAUGGUUGUAUCCGAGUCUUUAAGAAAAUGGCCUAAUACUGCUGCUGUUGACAGAAUCUGUACUAAACCCUACACCAUUGAAGCCAAAUAUCCAGACGAAAAGCCUCUACAUCUAGAAAAAGAUAUUAGGCUUUUGAUACCAAUUUUUGCCAUCCACCGUGACCCUAAAUAUUAUCCAGAGCCAGAGCGGUUUGAUCCCGAAAGAUUCAGCGAUGGAAACAAAGCUAACAUUAAACCUUACACGUAUUUGCCUUUUGGUAGUGGACCUAGGAAUUGUAUCGGUUCUAGGUUUGCACUACUCGAGACAAAAAUUUUGUUCUUUUAUAUUUUAUCGCAUUUCCGGAUUGUUCCUGUUGAGAAGACUCCGAUUCCUUUGGUUUUGUGCAAAAAGCAGUUUAAUUUGAAUGCGAAGGAUGGGUAUUGGUUAGGGCUAAAACGACGUUCCAGAAUCUGAUUAAUUGGUGCAAAUGUAAUCUACGAACCACUGUUUCACGUAAAUUUGUGAUAAUGUGUCAAUGUGUCAAUAUGUCUUGAUAUAUUCUCCAUUUUGAAAGUAUAUAGAUGUUUUAGUGAAGAAUGUAUAUACUUUUUAAUAAAAAAAUAAACUUAAAUCAA